GGGUCCAUGUGCACAGAGUGACGUCGCCCUGACUUCAAGUCCUACGACUCCUUCGUUUGUUUUUAAUACUCUUUUUAUCCGGGGCCCUGAAUCGGUAAUCUGCAAAAUUGCGGCCAUAAUGUGAGAUGAUCUGAGGCUGUCGUCCGACCCACCGCUGUGGUUCGUCCUGUCAGGAGCAGCGGCUCGCUGUAGAGGAUUAAUACGCAAUUCUCCGCUGUGUCUAGCUGUCAAACUGAAAACUAUGUACUGGGAAGAGUAGACGGAACACAUUUGUUGACAUUUAUUCACUUUGCUUGACGUGUCUUUUUUUUUUUUUUUUGCCCUCUGGAUUAUUUCGCUGCCCAGCAACACGGCCACCUGACAACUCUGAAUGUCGUAAUUAAGGUGACUCGAUGAGCCAGCAAUGGAGACCAAAAGAUACCAAAGUUUCUUUGAUGGGAGCGACACAGAGAACAAAUGGUCACAGGUCCCCGGCAGUAUGGAGCACUGCUGCAGCACAGAGGAUUCAGGUUUGACCAGCAGCGAUAUCUUGAUGGACAUAGUCAAUGUGAGCUGCCCUGCUGGAAGCCCAGCUACUGACUGCAAAGACAACAACACAAAAAAACAGGAGCAGCCAAUGCUCCGGCUCAGCCAGAACCAGCCAUUUGUUCUCCCACACUUCAACAACUCCCUCCAUGGUCAUAAGCAGGAAAUGGACUCCAAGGAGCUUUCCAAGACUGUGGCUGAGUCAAUGGGCCUGUAUAUGAAUGCAGCCAGGGAGGCGGACUUUGCCUUUAGCCAGCACGGGGGCGGCACUAGCCCUGGGAAGAUGUAUCCAGCGUGUGGACGGCCUCUAGAAGAGACCCAGUGUGGUUCCACAAAGAGCCCCAAGUUAAAGCCAUUUGGUUUUCCACAGCCAAGCAUCACUCCCAGGGAAUGCCCCAGUGGGACUCAGAUUAGCUCGGCUUCAAUGCUGGCUUCAUCUCUCUCCUGCAGCCCCCAGACCUCCAGUUCAAUCUCCAGCCCCGGCAACAACAUGGUGUCAUCAACCACCAGCCCCCUACGUGCUUUGGACCAGUGCUCGUCUGUUAAUAGUCCUGUCAGCCAGACGUCUUGUGCCGCAACUCUGGCCAAUAUCAAGCGCAGGAAUUCAGCAACAUGUAGCCCUGUAGAGUCCAGCACAGUGGGCUCACCACCGCUUACCAGCCCGCUCAAUGUCAUGAGGUCACCCAUGUCCAGCCCUCAGAGCAUGAGUAGCGUGCGAUCACCUCCGUCCUGCAGCACCACUUGUAACAUCAGGUCCUCCGUCUCAAGCCCAACAGGCGGUGGCUGCACCAGUACAGCAAACAACUGUAACCCAGUAAGGCCGUCCAUCCCCAGUCCGGCUAUAGGAAGCAACAUGGCGGUCAGCAGCCCUCAGAACCCCUCCUCUGCUGGGUUUCCGGUAUCCAGUCCUGCUAGUGGGCUUGGUUUGGUGCAGAAUGACACAAACAGCCCUGACACAGCGAGUCUGUCCAGAGACACGGACUUCAAACACUUUGAAUUCCCUAAAGUAGAGAUGGUAGACGGGGAGGUGUUCAAUGUGGGCUUAGACCAGAUGGGCAUGGUUAAGUAUAUAAAGAACGAGCCAGGAACUGACUUUAGGAGCAUGUGUUUGGGCAGCUCUAAAUGUAACUCAAGUAGCACACCCUUUAUCACGCAGAUUAAGAGUGAGCCAGACCAUAAUGAGGGAUGUAUGAACCAACAACCGUACGGCGAACAGCCACCAUCUCUCGGUCUCUUUCCUGCAUCUGAGACCACCUAUUUAUCCCUAAGGAAUAACAUUGACGAGUACAGUCUUUCUGGUAUCUUAGGACCACCUGUCUCCUCCAUGAAUGGGUCCUAUGAGCCUGAAGUGUUCUCCAACAAUGUCCUAUCCAAAGGGGUUAAGCAGGAGACCACUGAUGGCAGCUAUUACCAAGAGAACAACAGCAUGCCCACAUCAGCCAUUGUUGGAGUUAAUUCUGGCGGACAUUCAUUCCAUUACCAGAUUGGAGCGCAAGGAACAAUGGCUUUCACACGGCAUGAUGUGAGGGACCAGUCCAACCCUUUGUUGAAUCUUAUUUCGCCUGUAACGGCAUUAAUGGAGUCAUGGAAAACUCGGCCGGGCAUGUCACAAGGGUCACUGUCAGGCAGAGGUGAAGGAUACCCAAACUGCAUCACAGACGGCAUGUCAAGCUCGCCGCUGAGGCAACCUUCCUCAACGGCCAAAGUGUGUCUGGUCUGUGGAGACGAGGCGUCAGGGUGCCACUACGGUGUGGUGACGUGUGGGAGCUGCAAAGUCUUCUUCAAAAGAGCAGUGGAAGGUCAGCACAACUACCUGUGUGCCGGAAGAAACGACUGCAUCAUCGACAAGAUCCGCAGGAAAAACUGUCCGGCGUGCCGCGUACGGAAGUGUCUCCAGGCCGGGAUGAACCUUGGAGCACGAAAGUCCAAGAAGUUAGGGAAGCUGAAGGGAGUCAACGAAGACCUGCAGGGCUCUAAGGAUGGCCAAACUGCUACAAGUGGUGUUGGAGGCGGUUACCUUUCCUCAGAGAAGGAGCUGAACGCCAGCGCUGCCAAUGCCCUGGUACCCCAUGGGCCCGGUGUCGUCACACCUUUUCUGCCGCCCUCCAUCUGCAGUGUGUUGGAGCUGAUUGAGCCUGAAGAGGUGUAUUCAGGCUAUGACAACACGCAGCCUGACACCACCGACCACCUGCUGUCCAGCCUCAACCGCCUGGCCGGAAAGCAGAUGGUACGCAUGGUGAAGUGGGCCAAAGUACUUCCAGGUUUCCGGGGCCUGCCGAUUGAGGACCAAAUCACCCUGAUCCAGUACUCAUGGAUGUGUCUGUCCUCCUUCUGCCUCAGCUGGCGCUCCUACAAACACACCAACGGACAGAUGCUCUACUUUGCCCCUGACCUCAUCUUCAACGAGGAGCGCAUGCAGCAGUCGGCCAUGUACGACCUGUGUCUGGGCAUGAGGCAGGUGAGCCAGGAGUUUGUCCGACUGCAGCUAACCUACGACGAGUUCCUCUCCAUGAAGGUCCUUCUGCUUCUCAGCACAGUUCCCAAAGAGGGUCUGAAGAACCAGGCGGCAUUUGAGGAGAUGAGGGUUAACUACAUCAAGGAGCUUCGGCGUUCUGUGGGAAAAGCAACCAACAACUCUGGGCAGACCUGGCAGCGCUUCUUCCAGCUCACCAAACUACUGGACGCCAUGCAUGAUCUGGUGGGGAACCUGUUGGACUUCUGUUUCUACACCUUUCGCGAGUCGCAGGCCCUGAAGGUAGAGUUCCCCGAAAUGUUGGUGGAGAUCAUCAGUGACCAGAUACCAAAGGUGGAGUCAGGCCUCACUCACACAAUCUACUUCCACAAGAAGUGACUCACAUAAACCUUUGGACAGAAAGGGCAUAAAGAACUGGAAGAGAAGAGGAAAAAAAGUUUUCAAGACUAGAGGAGGAAAUGCGCGAGGAAGGCCCGAACAGUCGGCCUGCACCCCGUCGCCCAGUAAGCCAGCGCCGCCGUCUAGGAUGGGAGUUAAGCUGCGUGGUGACAGAAGUAAGAAAGGAGACAUGGAUUUCCCCCUGCAGACACUAAGAGCAGGUCAGAGCUGUAAACAGUUCGUCGAAAAAAAGAGCGCGACACGGCUGAGGAAGGACUUAUGACAAAUGUGACAAAGCAUCCCGAAGUAACCCUCCCUGAGACCCCUUGCCCCUGCCCCCAAAGAUGAUAACAGUAUUUUCUAUGGAGAUAAAGCCAUACAUUUCCUAGGAUGAGCUAGAUACAUUCACUGCACACACACACGUACACACACACACACACACACACACACACACACACACACACACACACACACACACACACA